GUCUACACCAGCGCAUCCUAGGUUGAUCCCGUGCCCUCAAUUGGCUGUAAAUGCGGGAUAGCGCUGGUUUCGGCCGGCUCCUUAAUGUAGUUUUUCCCCAUGUUGACCGGAUAUGGUCAAGAUUGGCCAUCGCGACCUCCUGUCUGAAGCAGUACAAAAACUCUGCCAUGGCCCCUUCCCCAUGGAGAUUCGUGUAUCUCAUUUUUCUCUCCACCUGUCAUCCCUACGUUCUUCCCUUUGCGUGUUGAUCUACAGCUGAAGAAUCUUUCCAUACAUUGACCCCAGUCCGUGUCUACAUUCACCAUGGGUCUCAUGUUGAAGAAGCCGGAUGAUGCUACGGGCUCUGCUGCCCCUGCCAUCAUGAUUGGCUUGUUUGUUGCCUUUGGUGGUGUCCUGUUUGGUUAUGAUACUGGUACCAUCAGUGGCAUCCUUGCCAUGCCUUACUGGCGCAAGCUAUUUUCCACGGGCUAUAUUAACCCGUCAGACAACUAUCCCGACGUGACCUCCUCUCAGUCCUCCAUGAUUGUCUCCCUCCUGUCUGCAGGGACUUUCUUCGGUGCUCUAGGUGCAGCACCCAUUGCUGAUUACUUCGGUCGUCGGCUGGCUAUGAUCAUCAACACGUUUGUUUUCUGCUUUGGUGUCAUCCUUCAGACCGCUGCUACUGCUAUCCCAUUAUUUGUUGCGGGAAGGUUUUUUGCGGGCCUAGGUGUCGGAUUGCUCUCUGCAACCAUCCCUCUGUACCAGUCGGAAACCGCUCCUAAGUGGAUCCGUGGUACCAUCGUCGGUGCCUAUCAGCUGGCUAUCACCAUUGGAUUGCUGCUUGCUGCCAUCGUGAACAAUUCUACUAAGGGCCGUAACGAUACUGGCUCCUACCGUAUCCCUGUCGCUGUUCAGUUCGCCUGGGCUAUCAUCCUGGUUGUCGGCAUGAUCCUACUCCCCGAGACGCCUCGCUUCCUGAUUAAAAAGGACAAGCAUGAAGCUGCUGCCAAGGCUCUCGCGCGCCUUCGCCGCAUCGAUGUCAACGAUCCCGCCAUUGUGGAGGAGCUGGCUGAGAUCCAGGCCAAUCACGAAUAUGAACUCAGUGUGGGCAAUGCGAGCUACCUCUCCAUUCUUCGUGGAAGUAUCGGCAAGCGACUGGCCACUGGCUGUGCCGUUCAGGGUCUGCAGCAGCUGGCUGGAGUCAACUUCAUCUUCUACUACGGAACUACCUUCUUCGAACACUCCGGUAUCAAGGACGGAUUUAUCAUUACUUUGAUCACCAACAUUGUUAAUGUCGUCUCCACCUUCCCCGGUCUCUAUAUGGUUGAGAAAUGGGGUCGUCGUCCUCUUCUCCUGUUCGGUGCUGUCGGCAUGUGUGUGUCUCAGCUUAUUGUCGCCAUUGUUGGCACCGUCACCACCUCCGACGUCGCAAACAAGGUGCUGAUCGCCUUCGUCUGUGUCUACAUCUUCUUCUUCGCUUGCUCAUGGGGUUGCACCGCAUGGGUGGUAACCGGUGAGCUCUUCCCUCUCAAGGCUCGUGCCAAGUGUCUCUCGAUCACGACUGCCACCAACUGGCUCCUCAACUGGGCCAUCGCCUACGCUACCCCUUAUAUGGUCAACUCCGGCCCGGGCAACGCCAACCUGCAGUCCAAGGUGUUCUUCAUCUGGGGUGGAUUCUGCUUCAUUGCCGGUGUUUUCGUCUACACCUGCAUCUACGAGACCAAGGGUCUUACCUUGGAGCAGGUUGAUGAGCUUUACGCCAAGAUUCCUGUAGCCUGGCGCUCCAAGGAAUUUGUCCCAUCCGUUAGCUACGCUGACGUUCGUGACGUUGCUGCCGGCAAACUGUCUGGCAACCUCACUGAUUUGGAGGCCGACGCCCAGAUGAAGCGCGACAUGGAGCAUGUUGAGAAGGCCUAGAGUAUUAGCCGGCGUUUGUCAGUUGGGUUUUCCUGUUUUAGUUAGGUGUUCGUCUUCUUUUUUUCCUUUCCUUAUUUCUCUGCUUCCAUACCAUCUAUACUGCCUUUAUACCUAGCGAGUGGCUGUUUGCAACAUUAUCUUGGUGAUGAGAGACGUGGUAUGAUGAUCUGAUCACGAUCAAUAUCUUGAAUUGUAUAAUAUUCUUCUAGCACUGCUCUUAUAACCAAAGAUUAUUUUUCCAUGAUCACUACUUGGUUAUCUGUCAUAAUUCGUAAGGACUACAGCUCAACGGUCAUAGUCUUAUAGGGUACAGUUUAAA